GUGCGCAUUACGCACAAUCAAGAGGAAGAACAAGAUUGCCUUCUCUUUCUUAUACCUCGAUUGCCGUGUCAUCUACUACUUCUACUGUCUGCUCUGAAAAGUCUUGGAUUUAGACUUGCAUUUCAAGCCAUUUUCUAUAAAUCUUCCAGCAGAUCUAGGGUUUAGGCGACAAUCCAGUGACCUUCUAUUCGAUCAACAAAAUCAUCAAUGGCGUACGUAGACCACGCCUUCUCUAUAUCAGACGAGGACAUCAUGAUGGAGACCUCUUACACCGUCCAGAACCGCCCUCCCAUUAAGGAGAUCGCUCUCGCCGUUGCUCUUCUCGUAUUCGGAACCCUAGGCAUCGUACUCGGCAUCCUCAUGGCCUACAACAGGGUCGGCGGCGACAGAAGUCACGGGCUUUUCUUCGCAAUAUUGGGAGGGAUCUUGUUCAUACCGGGUUUCUAUUAUACACGGAUUGCGUACUACGCCUACAAGGGUUACAAGGGUUUCUCAUUCUCCAACAUACCGCCUGUGUAGAGUGGACUAAUUUGCUGCUUCAGCUCUGAGCUACUUGAAUGAACUCAUAAGUGUCCUGUACAGAUCUCUUUGCUUACUUCUUUUAUCUGUUUUUUUCUUUUUUUCUUUUUUCUUUUUUGUGGUUGUUUCUUAUAAUAAUGUUAUAUAGAUGCUGUACUUUCAGGAAAACGGGAUGAUUUUUCGGUUUUUUGAUGCCAUAUAGUGAAAAUUUUGUUCCUUUGAACACCUUAGACGAA